CGGGCUACCAAAUCCGAAGAAGAAUCAUACACUUGGACGAAAAAAGAGUCAAGAGCCCUGAGAACUCGGCGAAAAACUGAGAGAUCGCGAGAGGCCAGAAAAGAAGAGACCUGAAAUCGCUUGGAGAACGAUUCCCCAUGCCAAAUGAGCAUCUCGGCGGUGGAUCGCAAAGAGCAGGCCAGCGUGGGCAGCGUUCUGGGCAGGCGUUAUGGCCAGCUGCUCCAUGGAGCCAAGUACACGGAUUGUGUGUUCCAUGUGUGCGAGGAGCAGGUGAAGUGUCACAAGCUAAUCCUCAGCUCCGCCAGUCCUGUUUUCGAGGCCAUGUUCUUUGGUCCAAUGCAAAACAACGAGCCAGAGCCGGAAAUCGAAAUCCACGACAUUAGUUCCGCCAUCUUUAAGGUGCUGGUGGAGUACAUCUACACUGGCGUGGUGGACUACAAUGGCCUGGAACUGGUGGCCUGCAUUGAGCUGUACUAUGCGGCAGAGAAGUAUCUGCUGGAGGAGCUGAUCGCCGACACGCUGAUGGCCAUCCCCCGCAAGCUGCGCUUCGCCAACAUCCUGCCCGCUCUGGAGCUGAGUGUCUGCAUGGGCCUGGACAGCCUGCUGGAGGUGUGCAUGAACUUCUUUAUGCGUUGCUGUGUCAAUAAUGGACAGUACAUGAGCCACCUGAAGGAGCACUAUGUCCAUGUGUCCAAGGAGUGCGUGAAGGCCAUUAUAGCGGCCUGCAAGGAGCCGCACAAGCUGCUCAUCUGGUACGUUUACGAGUGGACGCGCCAGGAGUGUGAGCAGUUGGGCCUAGGUCCCAGUGAUGCGGAUCUGGUGGUUCACGACUUGGGUGGUGAACCAAGCGAUUGGCCCGUGGCUGCGGCUGUCAAUGAUUUGAAAUCACCAGCUCUAGCUCCUGUGGUUUCGGUGGAACGCUGCUACUACAAGGCCUGUCGGCCCUUCACAGUGGAUUCCGAGUCUCCGGUCUUUCGCCUGCGCCUGAAGUGCUCCAGAUUUAUCUCACUGAUGGGACUGGUGUUGAACAGCCGGCUGACCCCCAACCGUUUGGGUCACGUCCAGCAGCUGGAGUACCGAGAAUCGCUGCGCCUGGACCUGUGUGAGGUGCCCGCCGAGAGCGAGGGUCCGGCCAGUGAGCCCGUGUGGAGCCAUGUCGUCCAGGGCCAGAGCACCAAGUACAACUGUGAUCUGCAUCUUGGCUGGCGGCGCGAGGAGUCCUGCGUGCUGAAUCCGGAGUUGACCUACGAGCUGCAGUUACGCUGGGACACUGGUGCCUACGGCGCCGAGUAUCCAUGCAGCCUGCAGUCCUGCCAGGCGGACGGAAUCCGGUUUACAGACGAGGACAGCUUCAGCGGAAGUCUGGUCAAGGGACUGCGCUACGCCAACCUGGUGUAGUCGCUCAGGGAGCGAUACUCUAUAUCAUAAUUAGUUAGUCCGUAAGACGUGUGUGUAUUUAUUGCCCUAAGUUAAUGUACGCUGCCUCAGAGUUCAAUAAACUGUGAGUAAGUUCGCUUCAAA